AUGUACGCACUUACCGACAAAGAUUCCGUCAGCCAUGAAGCUAUCAGCUCCGAAAUCGAGAACAUAUACACUGCUCUCCGAGAGACUUCCAACUCAGAACGUGGAUUUUGCGAUUUCUUUAAGCAUGAGCCUCGGCGACUGUUUUAUCGCUUGUGUCUUGCCAUCGGUAUCAAUUUCUGCGCCCAGAUGACUGGGGCCAACGUGAUCUCUUAUUAUGGUAAAACAAUAUUCCAAGAGUCACUCGGUCUUGGGACCAAGAAGGCAGCUGUGCUUAAUGCGGGGGUUCUCACUUGGAAGAUCUUCGCGGCCACUUCGGCCUACUUGUCAGUGGAUCGCUUUGGCCGUAAGCCACUCUUUAUGAUCGCCUGUCUGGGAAUGGCCGUGUCUAUGGCAGGCCUGGCUGGAACUGUCUGGGCCAUUGAAAAUCAGUACACUUUCGGUUCCUCUGUAGCGGCGACCUUCUUUCUCUUUUUCUAUAUGUCCUUCUUUCCACUUGGCUUUCUGGGAGCCAACUUCCUAUACAGCGCAGAGAUAGCUCCGCAGGAUCUGCGUAUCCAUUUGGCGGCAAUUGGUACGGCGACGCAUUGGCUUUUCAACUUUGUUAUCGCAGAGAUCACACCAGUCGCAUUCGUCACCAUCAAAUGGCGAUAUUACAUCGUCUAUGCCGUGAUCGGCUUCUCAGUCACAUUCGUGGUAUACUUCCUAGUGCCCGAAACCAAAGGCUUCUCGCUUGAACAGAUGGAUAAUCUGUUCUCGGAUCCUGAACACUGGUGGCAAGUGACUGCUUAUGGUCGUACUCCGAAGAGAGACCAGUUGGUGAAUCUGGACGGGGACAAGAUUGUUGCGAACGACGCCAAAAUGCAACCUGCGAAUCAUAUUGAGAGGGUUUAG